ACGUGAACAAACAUGGCGCUUUUGCGAUCACGUGAUUAAGUAUGGCGUCCGCCAUAGAGUUUGGUGAAAGGCGAUGGUAGUUGGUAUGCCCAUGAAAUUCUCAUGCUCAAAAGAAAAGCCCUGUGUCGGAGCUCGGAUGAGGUUCCUCCCACCAAGCUGAGCUGCCCGGCCAUGAGUGAAGUAGAUGCUCGUUCGUGCUGCAGCGUUGCCAGCACCGGUCAUCCCCAAGGCAAGAUGAACAUAGCCUGUAUCAUCGACCUGACCACCGGGACAGGUGCUGCGGGAGGCCGCUUGGCACAGCGCAAGGCGGCAUACGAGGAGAUCAAAAAGGCGUCAAAUUGUGUCGGGGCUACCUUGCACGAGCUGCCCUUCAAGAAGCUUGACUUUGGGGAGACCAAAGUGCUGGAGCAGUUCCAUGAUGCAGACGUGGCCAUCAUUGAUGUUUCCAUACAGGACCAGCGAAACGCGCUCUUUUACCAUCUGGGCGUGCGGGAAAGCCUAGCAAUGAAGCAGAACAUGAUCCUCUACAAUGACCACGCUCCUGGCGAGGCAUACUCCAUAAAGAUUGCCUGUUCAAGCUACCCGCUGACGACUUACAAGGUGAACGAUGCUGGUGUCUGCGUCGUCACUGAAACACCCGGGAUGGCCAUCGUUUCCGAGGAAACGGUGGAGUCCAAGCAGACCCUCUGUGCCAAGCUCAAAAAGUUCCUCCAGGACGCUGAAGUACAAAGCAAAGCCCACAUGAAGGAGAAGUUUCUUGCCGACCUGCGCAAAGCACGGGACACCACCACCAACAAUGAAGAAUUGGCUGUGUUGUUACGAAAGUUCAGGCCGCGGCUGGACGACCCCAACAUCAUAUCCGGUGACGUUGUACUGAGCAUGCUCAUCUCCUUCAGAGACGUUCAGGAUUACGAUGCAAUGGUAAAGCUGGUGGAUGACCUACAGACAGUGCCAAACAUGAAGUUCACAUCAGCGCCAGCCAUCCAGCAUGCGUACGCAUUUGCAUUAAAUAGGCGUAACCGGCCGGGCGAUCGUGAGCACGCCUUGGAGGUGAUCAUGUCUGCGCUGAAGAAGAAAGAGAACCAAGUUCCCGACAUCCUGUGCUUAUGUGGCCGAGUCUACAAGGACAAGUUUGUUGAGUCAGACUACACGGACCAGGAGAGCCUGAAAAAUGCCAUUCACUGGUACCGCAAGGGAUUUGAAGUCCAGCCCAACGAGUAUGCCGGCGUGAACCUGGCCACGCUGCUAGUCAUCGAUGGACACGAGCUGUCGAAGUCGACAGAGCUGCAGCAGAUCAGUCUGCGGCUCAACAACCUGAUAGGGCUGAAGGGCUCGCUGGACAAUUUGGUAGACUACUGGGACGUGGCCACCUUCUUCGAGAUCAGUGUCCUGGCCGAGAACUACGCUAAAGCCAUCCAGGCUGCCGAGUGCAUGUUCAAGCUGAGCCCACCCAACUGGUUUUUGAAGUCGACGUUUGGCAACAUCAAGCUCAUCAGCCAGUUCCGGAAAAGGCCUGAGGAUGUUGAGUGCAGUGCUGAAGAGCAGGUGUUUGACUUCUGGGUGGAUUUCUUCGUCGCCAGUUAUUCAGCAGACUUGGAGAACACCAUACGGUUUCCCAUUUUAAUAAUGGAACCGACUAAAGUGAUGAUGCCCAGCUACGUGACAGUGAACAUGGGUGCCGAAGAGAAGUCCCUCGAGAUCCAAAACGUCUGCAUCGACACGCUUAGGGGAAACUGCCGCAAGAUUCACAAGUGGCUCUUUAACGCUUCUUCAAUCCGCAGUAUUAGUCAGUACAAGCGGGACGAACGGUGCCUCUUCCUGUAUGUGCACCACAAUUCAGACGACUUCCAGAUGUUCUUUCCGACAGUGCCACUGAAGAACCGCUUCUACGACCUCGUCCUGGCACUGACAGAAAACCAGGAAGGAGUGGUUAUGGACAUAGACCUCGACGAUGGAUCAGGAUGCAUUCAGUUCGAGUACGAGACUGAUGACCAGGGCCGACGCAUUAUCCUGGGCAAAGGCACGUACGGCGUGGUGUACGCGGCUCGCGACCUGACCACCCAGGUGAAGAUUGCCGUCAAAGAGAUUCCGGAGGCGAACCUGAGCGAAGUACAGCCCUUGCACGAGGAGAUCAAGCUUCAUGCCCAGUUGCACCACCGCAAGAUAGUCCGCUACUACGGUUCCAUCAGCGCGGAUGGAUUUGUCAAGAUCUGCAUGGAGCGAGUGCCCGGAGGGAGUCUGUCUCAGCUCCUGCGGUCAAAGUGGGGUCCCUUGAACAACGAGACUGCCAUUGCCUUCUACACCAAGCAGAUCUUGGAAGGUCUCAAGUACCUGCAUGACCAGCGAAUAGUGCAUCGCGACAUCAAAGGUGACAAUGUGCUGGUGAACACGUACAGUGGUGGCAUCAAGAUUACAGACUUUGGCACCUCGAAGCGCCUUGCUGGGAUGAACAUGGUUACAGGCACAUUCACAGGGACCUUCCAGUACAUGGCACCUGAAGUGAUUGACAAUGGCCAGAGGGGUUACGGGGCACCGGCUGACAUCUGGUCUCUGGGAUGUACUGUGGUAGAGAUGGCCACUGGCAAGACACCCUUCAUCGAGCUUGGCACACCGCAGGCAGCCAUGUUUAAAGUGGGCUGCUUCAAGAUCCACCCAGAGAUCCCAUCAUCCUUAUCAGAGAAAGCCCAGAAGUUCAUAAAGAGGUGCUUUGAACCGGACCCUGCCAAACGGGCCACUGCUGCUGAACUUUUGGAAGACCCGUUCAUAACAGAUAGCAAAAAGAAAACGCGGCCUGCUGCACCUGACUUCAGCCGAAGCAUAUCAGUUCCGGCCGAUCGUGUACACAAGAUGGACAAGCCGGAACGGAUGUCUCGGUUCGCCAGCACUGGGGAGGACGGAGAUGAGGAAGCGGUCGAGUUUAACUCGGAUCGAGGCUACAGUUCCUGCGAGGCUAGCCCGACCACCUUAGGCCAGGCAAAGCGGGUGCUUCCACGGAUUCCCCGGCCCGAGCGAUUUGACCUGUCCCAGAGCUCCGCGGCGGCCACAAGUCCGACGGAUGCAAUUCCACGGUCACCUUCAACAUUUUCCUUUGGCUCUGAAACGUCGGAGGGCGGCAUGCGACGCUGCAGCUCUGGCCUACUGAGUCCGCCCGUGGAUGGCUCGUCCGUGGACCAGGAGUCGGGCGGAUUCUACCUCCUCAAGAAGGACUCGCAGCGACGGCAGACCAUUUUGCGCGUGCUCGAGGAAAACGGGGGCACAAUCUGCGACAUAUGGAUGAACAAGCUGCAUCAGGAUAGCGGUGAUGACUUGGUCAUUACAAAGGAGCAACUUGUGGCCCUCGUUGAUGGCUUCAAGAACUACAUCCCAGAGCAAAACAAGACUGGCCUCCAGCACAUUAUCGGAAAGUUGAAGCAAGAAGUUAACCAUGACCAAAAGGCCUUCAACCAGAUCACAGUAGCCUUGUAUCUUUUCCAGAGCGCAGUGAAUGAAGUGCUUCGGAAUCAGAACAUCAAACCACACUGGAUGUUUGCGUUGGAUGCUCUCGUCAUGAAUGCAGCUCAAGUGGCCAGUGAAAUCCUGUCCUAUGGUCAGGAAGACCAGGAGGAUAACGACCUCGAGGAUGCCGAGUCCACUUCUGGCGUGUCGACCAUCAACUCCAGCAAGUCCCGCAGUGCGGCUCUACAGAAGCCGCUGGCCCUCGGCCUCCCUUCGGAGGAGACCCAACGGGUCAUAGAUGCCAUCCAGAUGAGUGAGCAGCUGUACCAGGACUUGCUAAGGAAGCUUCUUGACAGUCGCUCACAACAGCGAAGCUUUGUGGAGGGCUGCCUGAGCCAGAGCAGGUACCUUCAUCCGGGUAGCAGAGAAUCAAGUGUUACCAUAUCUGGUCCAUCAUCAUCCGUUCCUUCUGCCUCGGCUGGUGUCCAUAGACCUGACAUUCAUCGUGAUGAAGAUCUGAUGCACUGGCUACAAGACCUUGGCAUGGACACAGAAUGCAUAGAAAGGUUUGCCAGAGAACAGUUCACAAAAGAAGACGUCCUGCAUCUGAUGACGAGAGACGAUCUGCGAAGGCUUGGGCUCCGGUUGGGUCCCGAGCUCCGCAUCUGGAAAGCAAUACAGCAGCAUCGGGACAGUUCGUCCUGAGGAUAGACUGGUCUAGGAAAGAAGGAUAUUUGCGAAGGCUUCGAAAGCUCCGGCAGUGCAACCUACAGGUGAUGGGCCAACGUAGUCAUUGUGGUCAGCCGAAGCUAGAAGCCAGAAGAUGUCAUAUACGUCCUUCACUGGGGUCAUGAUGGGUAUUGAGGCAGUAGAGCUGUGUGCCGCAGUGGCUGCCUUCCAACAAGCAGGUUGAGUGGGGGCAGUUACAGCCCGAUACGACGGGCUGUAGUCUCAGUACAAAAAAUUUGCCGAGUGAAACCAGGCACUAUUGAUGCACGAGCCGCAAGUGUAAGCAUUCAUUCAAUGUAUAGAAAGGAUUAGCGCGGUGAUUCUUUUUCUGCGCUGCGUGGGCUACACCAUAGAGCUUCCUAAUAAUACUCUAGAGGGAAAUCUGGCGCUAGUGUCUAUGGGAGCUGCAGCGCAUGGCGUUUCAGCCAGCAUGGGAAUGAUGGGUAGUACGUGGAUUUGUCUAAGCUUCGUUAUCUUGGCUCCAUGUGGCCUGCAAGCGCUUUGUCGCAAGGCUGAGUUCAGCAAAUGUUCGACUGUACCACUGCCCUGCCUUGACCUUUUUUAGGCUCACCAAUUCAAAUCGAGUCACGAACUUCACAAUGAUCCAUUCUUUUAUCCAAAACAAACGCCAAAACACAGCAAUAAACAAAGCCACAGGGGCGUUCGAAGCCACAAGCACGAAGAUUAGGCAAAUUCAGGUACUACCUGUCAUUGCCAUGGCGGCUGAACGAUCGCAGCACCGGAGUUCUCUCUAGUAAAUAUUGCAGGAAACUCUACGGGCCACAUGUCCUCGGAAGUUUCUUCGGGCAACUUUCUGAAGCUGAGCAGUGAGGCCCCGAUUC